UUUUACCUGCUUAUCAAAGAGUUUGACAGAAAAGCCAAGGAUUUGGAGAGUAGAAAUGAUCCGGACACUAACAAGAUGCUGAAUGAGAAAAAACAGUCAAUGAUCAAAGAGUUGAAUUCAUAUGUUGCUCUUAAAAAGCAAUAUGCGUCCAAUCUUGAAAACAAGCGAAUUGAUCUCUUUGAUGGGGGCACGGAAGGAUAUGGUGAAGAUAAUGUCUUGCUAGCAUCAACCAUGACAAAUCAACAGCUAGUAGAUAGUGGAAACCAGAUGAUGGAUGAGACUGAUCAAGCCAUUGAGAGGUCAAAAAAGACUGUUCAAGACACUGUCAAUGUUGGAACAGAGACUGCAGCAGCACUCAAGGCUCAGACUGAACAAAUGAGUCGGGUUGUUAAUGAGCUGGACUCUAUCCAUUUCUCGAUCAAGAAAGCUUCUCAACUUGUGAAGGAACUUGGUAGGCAGGUUGCAACUGAUAAGUGUAUUAUGGCAUUACUCUUCCUUAUUGUUGUUAGAGUCAUUGCCAUCAUUAUUGUUAAGCUCGUGAACCCAAACAACAAGGACAUCAAGGAUAUUCCAGGAUUAGCCCCACCAGCAAUGACUCGGAAAUUACUUUGGAGUGCUAGUUAAAAAUUUAGACAUGGUUCAUCUAAUGAGAUUGUGAUGAUGAUUUGUCAUCUUAUUGGAUGGAAUAGCUUAGCUUGUGAUGCUGUUGGUGGCACCUGUUUUAUAGAGCUAGUCUACUUGAGUAUGGAUUUCAUUCUAGUGAUUUUUCUGCAGAGUGGUCAAACUUUCCCAAACGAUAGUCUCUCAAACAACUGCUGGGAUUCAUUAGCGUCAAUUGGAAGUGGUCUGUUUGAUUACUUCUUCCCGACUGAAAAAUCAUUCCUAUUUGAGGGAAACUAAAAAAUGUGUAGAUUGUGUUGGUUCACACCAUGUAUUUGCUACACUUGUAAGAUAUUUGAUCUACACUUCAUAAUUUAUUUAUAUUUUUUUU